CUUACCGGUAUUAGGGUUUAUUUCGGCUAGAAAGGGCAAAAUAAAAAAAAAUUAAAAAACCCCUUAUAAUUCCACCAAUUAAAUCAUCAAAAUUUUCUCAAUUGAGAAUUGGGUCUCUAAAUUGAUCAAUUUUGUGUUCUGGGUAUUGAUUUUUAUCAGACACACUUACACACCCAAGUUGUUAUAUCCAUUUCAGUGCUUCCUAAAUGUCCGCUUAUGUGAUAAUGGUAUAUCUUUGUAUAAGAUACUGACUGAUGGAUCCUGAAAGCAAGAAGUUUGGAAAAGGUCCAAAGGAACUUACGGGUGCUGUGGAUCUUAUACAUAAGUACAAACUAGUGCCUCACUAUGAGUUUUUCUGCAAAAAGGCACUUCCUAUAUCAAUUUCAGACACACAUUACCUUCGUAAUGUUGUUGGAGACACAGAAAUUCGUAAAGGCGAAGGGAUGCAGUUGAAUGAGCUUAUUAAGAAUACGUCCUCCAGAGAUACAAAAACGCGUAUACAGCCAUUUGACCUAAGCAUCCUCAUGGAUGCCUUUUCCUUAAAGGAAUCUGCUCCUAUUGACCUGCCGGAUUCAGAGAAGGGGGUUCCUACUGAAGUUGGAAGGUCUAAAAAUGAAUCAAAGGAUAAGGAAAAGAAGCAUAAAAAACACAGGGACAAAGACAAGGAGAAAAAUAAAGAGCAUAAGAAACAUAAACACCGUCAUAAAGAUCGAAGUAAAGAUAGGGACAAAGAAAAGAAGACUGAUAAAACUAGCCAUCGCGACCCUGGUGCUGAAAACUUGAAGAUACCCUAUGAGAAGAAACGGAAGCAUGAUGGAGAUGAGGAUCUCAAUGGCAUUCAUCGGCACAAGACCAGUAAGCAUAAGAGCUCAAGGAUGGAUGAAUUUGGUGGAAUAAGAAUAGCAGCUUGAUAGUGGCAUGUGAUCUGUACUAUUGUUUCUCCUUAGAUGUUACAUUUUGGCAAUUGAUGAGGUCCUUACUGUAGCCAAACUUAUUGAGGGAAGUCAAGAGCAACUCCAGAUGAUCGAGAAGGUGAAUUCACCUGCUUUGAGUUGAAGAUGCAAUCGAUCGAAAACAAGCUUCCCUGUAUCAUAGAUGCACUCUGAGUCUUUUAUACAUUCAACAGUGAUUCAAAACUAUGAAACUUUCGUAAUAUUGACACAUAGGCAUAGUCGUCAUUCAGUUAUUCUAAUCAUUUGUCAUUAACUAAUGCAAGUUUGGUAGUGACAGGUGGCUCCAAUAUAUUGAUAUCAA